ACCAUAGUUGUAUUUGAUGGACAUAGAAAUUCAGCCAUUGUGAUUUUAGCUGUUGCGACGCUUCAGAAAUAUAUCGUCUAAGUAGCCAUUUUGCAUAAAAAUUAUUGAUAUUUAAAACGUGCGUUUAAUCGUGAAUUUUAUUGUGCAUUGCAAAUGUAAUUGCCACCUGGUUUUAAUUGGGCAAUUAUUAAAAUAAUUGUAUUUUAAUAUCCUUCAAUAUUUUUGUUCCUUUUUCUUCAGAAUGUCAAAAAAAAACGAUUCUUCCUGGGCGGGUGUUAUGAUCGAUAAAAAUAAGAAAGUAGCGGUACGGGUUAAAGAUAUUCACAAGUUUAAUUUGGAGAAAUACGACAAAAUGAAGUAUUAUUAUUUCAAUUAUGGCGAUUCAGUGGAGAAGGGUUUAAUCGUGAGAACUGCAGCAACUAAGGACGCAGUAGAGUCCAACUUAUUUUCCAAAAGGACUAAAAUUCCUCCAAAAGAAUUGAUUCGUAGUGCGUCCGAUUUAUCUGACGCAAAUACUUUAACUAGAAAAGUCACUAAAGAAUCUAAUAAUAACGUUCUAUCGAGAUCUCUUGAGAGUCAAAUUCAGCAGUUGGUAGAUUCUUCCAGAAAGCGAAAACAUGAAAAAAGUGAGAAAACUACAUCUUUCAAAAAAGUAAAAAACGAUGAUAAGAAUAAGUCACCAACUUCAACGUCGAUAUAAGACAAUAACUAUAAGCUUCAGUUCUUGAUUCUUAUUAUCACUUGUUUUAUGGUUGAUACUGUUUUCAACGAAUUUUAAGGCUAGAAAACAAUUGACACAGAAAUAGACCGACUUUGUAGCAGGAAAAAAUUACUUAUUUUCUUUUUUUCAGAGAUAUACAUUACUAAAAUAUAAAAAUAAUAUUUCAUUUUUUGUCUACAAUUUUAACAAAUUAAUGAAUCUCUGAUCUGCCAUAAGUUUGUGUGUUGAAAAUUAAAAUUUUAACCGUUAAUAACUUUCUUAAAUAAUCGAUAAGAAAUUUUCAAUUUUUGAGGAAAGAUCACUAUAUGAUUAAACUUAUUAAAACUAAAAAAUAAAAAUUUAUUUAGAUAAUUUUAGGUCUCUCUAAUGGAGGAACUACAGUCAAUUGAACUGUCAUUUUAAUGCAAUCAUAAUCUUUACCAUCUAAAAAUACUUAAAUCUUAAUAUGUACUAUAUUCAUUUAUCCAAUUGCAAUGUACAUAAGCAAUGCCAUUAUUUCUUAUUGGAAGCAUGCUCUGAAGUGAAUAUGAUAUUUUAUGUAAUUUUUUUUUCUUUAACUUAUUUUUAUAAAUCUACGAAAGGUAAACGACACAUUACCUGCUUGCUUUUCAUGGAUGUCAGAUUAAAUCACUAUAAUUAAAUGAACACAAAACAGUGAAACUGAUGAUCUAAUAGAAGCCAUGAAAUUAGAAGCCGUAAUUGAUAAACUAAGAGCCGAAAACCAGGAGUUGAAAGAUGAAAAUACAUAAAAAGAAAAAAUGAUAAAAGAUUUAAAACUAGAUCUGAUAAAACAAGAAAGAAAACGAAAAAACUUGGAACAAUUGAACUAUGAUCUUCAGCACAGGAUAUUAGAGGGACAGAAUGAAGUGAAAGAACACAUCAACGUUUCCGGUACUUCGGAGAUUAGAGGAAGGCCUCGGAUUGGGGAUCAAAAGAACGACACGAACGAAGUAUACGCUGGAAAUAAUCGAUGGAUUCCACAGAUAACUUUUGACCAAUUAAUGGGAGCAACAAAACCAACUAUGUUUGUCAACCGAGCAGCUGAUUUCUUUUUUAGCAAAAAGACGCUUCUUGAAAGUUCCGUAACUGGUCAAACUUCCCACCGAACUAAAAAUAAAAAUGAUGAAUCGCUUAAACAAUUGGAUCAAAAUUCUCUGCUUACCAUGUCAGGUUUGUUUGCACAUUACUUGAGUCAUUCUAUUUUUACGAAAUCAUUGGGACCGUUAGAUAGAAAUCAAGAGGCGGGAAAAAUGCGACAACAUCUAUCUAAAUACAUUGGAAAUCUUAAAGAUAAAACAAAUAAUCUUAAAACAAAGAAACAGUCUAAAGAAAAAGUAAAUAAAGAUAUCGAAAAAGAUGUAAAUGUUGAAGGAGACGACUAUGAAAAAGGUGGAAACAAUGAGAGUAUCGAAGAUGAUAAAAGUGAUGAAGAAGAAUAUGAGGUGAAUGAAAAAUUAAAAAAUAAAUAUCAGCAAUUAUUGAAUGAUGAUUCAGGAAGUGAUGACGAAAAUGAAGAGGAUAAAUGAAUAACAACUUUUACUUUGCUUAAAUAUUUAUAAACGGCGUUAAUAAAUAAAAUUUUUAUAAUGAUAAAUUUAGAUUACUCUUUGGUACUACCACUUUUUCCUUUGUUCUUUCUUCUUGAUAAUGUUUAAUUCUUUACAGAAAAUUCAAAUGUAUUGAAAGUCUUGUAUUUUAAAUCAUAAUUAAUGUAACUCAAUCCUUCAUGAAUAAUU